AUGAGGACGGCGGCGGCGCAGUGGCAGCGGCAGCGGCAGGACGGUGCCCGCGCCCACCUCCUGGCGGGGGCCCCGUCGCGGCACGACGCGCCGCCGGGCAGCGGCGGCGCGGCGGCGACCAAGGGGUGCGCGACGUUCUGGGUGGAGGGGGAGGGCGGGGAGGCGCCGCGGCGGGUGGCGGUGCCCGUGGCGCGCCUGGGCCACCCGCGGAUGCUGGAGCUGCUCGGGGAGGCCCGGGAGGCGUACGGGUUCGAGCACGAGGGCGCCAUCGCCGUCCCAUGCGGCGUCGACCGCUUCAUGCGGGCCGUGGAGGCCUCGGCGUCGGCGUCGGCGUCGAUCUUGUGCAUCCAGGAUAGGUCGUUGAUUGAUCUGUACGAAGUGUGA